AUGGAGGCCCUCCGCCAAGCCACAGGGAGCAUCGAAGCCUUCCUGGGAGUUGGUUCCAGCACUGCCCUGGUGUUGACCUGGCUGGUGAUCCUUCUCAGCGUCUACGUCAGCUUGCAGCUCUUUCAGGUCUUUUCUGGCAAUGCGCUGGGAAGAAGUCGUCGAUCCCGAGGCAACGUCACGCUGAUGCUGGGUCAGUGUGGUUCCGGCAAGACGGCCACCUUUUUCCGUCUCCGUGACGGAGAGGAGGUUCAGACGGUUUCGUCCCUGCAGCUGCAGCGUGACAGCUUCCCGAUCAAAGCUGGGGAGAACCCUGAUCAACAGCUCAGCUCAGUGGAGGUGAUUGACUUCCCUGGGCACUUGCGCAUGAGAGGGAAGGCCAACGACAUGCUGCCAGAGGCGCGUUGCAUCAUUUACCUGGUGGAUUCGGAUGACAAGCCGAAGCUGAAGGAUGUGGCGGAGCAUUUCUACGAGCUCCUCACGAACAGAGAUAUGCUGGAACUCCACACUCCAAUUCUCAUCGCGUGCAACAAGAGCGACCUCAGCACAGCUCGCUCUGAAAAGUUCAUUGUCGAAGAAAUUGAGAGGGAGAUUGAGCAGAUGCGAGUCUCACGGGGAGCGACACUCGAAGGACAAGAUCAAGCAGACAGCUACUUGGGCAUUGAUGGCGAGAAGUUCAAGCUGAUGGAGCAUUCGCCAUGCACCAUCCAAACCUGCAAAAUCUCAGCGAAGAAAAACGAGAUCCAACCUGUGUAUGAUUUCUUGAUAGAGCAGUACUCCGCAUAA